AUGGUACCAGGCGGACAAUACGAGGCUCAGGAUAACGGUAAGCAGCCGGUUCAGAACCAAGAACAUAAUUCGACCUCAAAUUCCCCUAAUCAAGCUCAGGCUUUGGGUAUCAAUAAGGACCAUGAGACCGCAAUGCCCCUAAAUUCCCAUGGAGUGAAUAACAAUCAACACAGUCCAGAGUCACCUGGUGGCAAGGUUCCUCUUCACUUGAGCGUUACGACACCCAGUCAACCUCCUCUUAGCCCCGAAGCAAAUAUUGGUAGUCAGAUGUCACAGUCAACCAACGGAUCUCCGAUGGAGUCCCACAUAAAAAACGGACGGAAGAAAAACCAAGAGGGACAUCUGUGGGCAACGGGUGAGACAAAUACACCAAAGGCCGUUACACCAGUUGCCCUGGUAUUUCAACCUACCGCUAGCAGCCCAGUUGCAAAAGUGACAUCGGGCGAUAUCGACGCGCCUGACCGACAUUUCUUGGUCCGUUCGGCCCAGAUAAAAGAGCAAGGUUACCUGAGCAAAACACCAGUGGCGGCCGCUAGAAAGGCAAGCACUGGAGUUCAGAGUGGUGAAAGAAUGGAUACCAAGGUGACGCCCCUCGCCCGGCACAAACCUCAUAUUGCAAUCAAGUCACAAGUUAGACCCACCGAGCGACCGGCACCCCCUGGCCAGUGGGCUAACUUUUCGGAGGCAAUUCGUGUACAUGAUACGCUAACGAAUGAAUAUGUAUUCGGCGACAAAGAUCUCGACAUUGCUGAGCUUGACAACAAUGUGCUGAAUAACAACAGUCUCAGUGGUGAAAUGAAACUUCAACAACUCCUUGAGCCAGUCCAAGAGCAGCAGAAAGGAUUUGAGUUUGAAACCCUGACAAUGGAAAACCAUCGUCUCUCGACCAAACUUCAGUCGGUGUCAAAGGAUUCCCAGACAAUCAACCCACAGGCUGUGGAACCUGCAGCGCAUGUGGUGGCCAGCGGGGCAUUGACCGAACUGUUAGAAGCGCAUAGAGGGAUUGCUGGUACCCAUGAAGAGGUUUGGGAAUACGGUGCGGAGUACAAAUCUCAAAUGGCGAAGCUUGUCAACGAAAUCACUUCCGCUAGCAAGCACAUCGAGGGCUUGCAAUAUGAUUUAAUGGAUGUCCAGCCGAAAAUCGAAAACGACAAGGAUAAACCUCGAGAUUUCGAAACCCAGGAAGCUAUGGAACAAACAAGUUUCAUUUCCCUGGAGAGUGAAGGUAUUUUUGAAGCCAUGGAAGGUAGUCCAUUGGCGGAGUACUUGCUGAUGCCAGAGAUUGAAGCUCCCCCGCAGGAAGGUGUUACCACGUCUCCAGCGCCAGCUCCGGUUGCUAUGGUGGAUGUUGCUCAUACAUUCGUGCAAUCAGUGGCGUGCCAGACCGUUGAUGUCGACGUUUUAGACGUUGCUUGUUGUACUGACGUUGCUGUGGUGGACGUCUCUAUGCAGACAGAUGCGAAAAUAUUCCCAGAGAUGAAAGAUACCCCAGUUCAAACAGAACCAGUGAUAAUCUCAGAGAGUGGAUGGUGGCGAGGUCUUAUGCUUGUUUUCCUAAUGCUCAUUUGGGUAUUCCUAAUCUUCUGGAACCGCAAUGGACAGCAGCAGAUGUGGUUGGAGGCCAAUGAUGGGUCAGGGUUGGCUCCCAUAUCUAGUAUCUUUUUCCUGCCAGAGUUGAGAUAUAACCUCAAUGUAUGGCUACAGGUGGACCGGGUUAUGCUUGGGUGA